GUUCUCAUCCUCUGGUAGCUUGCUCUGCUCCUCCUUGGGGAUCAGCUUAAAUAUGGCCUGAGAGGGGGUUGGUUGUAAGAUGGGUGAUAAUGCUGCAUCAUUUCUCUCACAUAAAUAAUGUAUGGAACAUCAACACAGCACAUAAAGGAAAUGUGCACAAGCCAAGAAUCAAGUGGCCUGUCGGAAAGGGCCUCAGGUUGUGACGUAUUUGAUAGAGAUAAAGGCGCUUGGGCCCCCUGCUCCCAUUUCUACACUCAUUGUCCAGAGAGAAGGGCAGCAGCACCUUCUGGUUUUCAAUCAUAGAGAAAAAAAAGAAUCACAUUCAUCAAUUUAUAGGACCAUCACUUCCACUGACAUCUAAGCUCCUUAUUCAACACUGAGGAGUAACAAAGAGGAAGAAGCUGCAGUGCCUGCAAGAUCACAUUUGGCCAUCUGACAUAGGAAUUAAUAACAACCAUGACAACCAAGAUGGAAAUACUUGAUCCUUCAGCUCUAUCAGAUGUAACCUCUACUGUCACCUACAACCCUAAAUCUGAGACUGUGACCUUACCAGGAGGCGUCACGUCAGUGGCGGGCAUCACAGUGGUGACUGGGGGGGCUGAAAUGUCUUGUGGAUCUUGCAUGCUGGCCUUUUGUUUUUGGAAAACUCUCAUCGGCUUCAGUUGUGUAGCCGUGGGCCUGUGGGACCAACUACACCAUUCUAAAGAAGGAACUUCUCACUUACUGGGACUGGGAUUUGUGAUACUGGCACUCAGUUUUGUAAUGGUGGGAAGUGUAGUGGCGUACGACCUCCUGACAAAGAAGAAGAGAGAGAAGACACGUGAGCAGAGGGAGGACGGAAAAGAAGUUCUUGUAGAGAGUGGGCGGGUUAUUAAAAAAAUGACAGUAUAAAAAGGACUUAAUUACAGAAUAUAAGAUAAACUGAUGAAGAAUAUGAAUUUUCUUACAAAUAUGACUUUUCUGUACAUAACACAGACUCAUACUGGGUUGGAAAAAACAUUCCUGUUGUGCUCACUCCAUGUCAAUUAUCACUCUACCUGCUGGUCCCCCCUUUAUCUUUCGAUCAAAAUUAUGUGGAAAUCCAAUUCCUGUGUUCCAGGGAAACAUGACAUAUUCCCUCAAUUUUAUGCUACUUUAUACUUCUACUCCACUAAAUUUUAUGAGAAAUUUUGUACUUUUAAGGUGCUAUAUCUUAUCAAAAGCUGUAAUCAUUUUGAUUAUCAAGAUACACACAGAAUAUAUGAGCAGCUUAUGAAAUAUGAUUUGUUGUGUAUAAUUAGAUUAUAGAUUAAUCAACCCCAACAGUAAACAAUAGUUAAAUAGCCUUGCCUCAUCCAGCUUCAACAUAUUACAAAUUAAUACAUCAGUAAUAAUAAUUCAAUAGUGUAGUAUAAGACUCUGGAGGGAGACUUUCUGCAGUCUGAUUGGUACUGUUACUUUUUAUACUUUAAGUACAUCAUGCUAGUAACACUUCUGUACUUCUUCUUAAGUA